UACGAUUUAUGAUUGGAGAAUCGACUUUCAGCUGAACCGCCCCAUUUUAGCAAGCUCAGUUGUAUUUUCGCUGCUACUGCCGUUCUUUGCCUUUCUGACCAACAUCUGAAAUCGGAUCAAUUUGUGGAGCAAAUUUGGACUUCAGUAGUUCAGAAACGCUUGAAACGUUCCUGUGGGGAAUACUCUCGUCGAUUCCUUGCUACACCCGUUCUUCAACCUAACGUUAACAGUCCUUGACUGUCACAUACCCCCGGAUUUCUGAUUCCUCAGUCCCCAAAAAUACAUAAACUAUGGAUAGAACGGAUCUCAUUCAGAAGGCCAAGCUGGCGGAACAGGCUGAGCGCUACGACGACAUGGCAGAUUGCAUGAAAGAGGUUACAGAGAAGGGAGGCGAGCUGUCAAACGAGGAGAGGAACCUGCUGUCCGUCGCCUACAAAAACGUGGUUGGGGCGAGGCGGUCCGCAUGGAGGGUGAUGUCCAGUAUCGGACUGAAGACUGAGGGAUGUGAGAAGAAGCAGCAGAUAGUGAAGGAGUAUCGGGAGAAGGUGGAGAAGGAGUUGCAAGAGAUCUGCAACAACGUUUUGAAACUGCUGGAUAAUCAUUUAAUUGAAAACUCCCCAAAUCCCGAGAGCAAAGUGUUCUAUCUAAAGAUGAAGGGUGACUACUAUAGAUACCUUGCUGAAGUUGCCUCUGGAGACGACAAAUCAAAGACCAUUGGAAACUCACAGCAAGCAUACCAGGAAGCGUUUGACAUCAGCAAGACUGAGAUGGACUCCACACAUCCCAUCCGCUUGGGCUUGGCGCUCAACUUCUCAGUCUUCUACUACGAGAUCCUCAACUCCCCAGAAAAAGCCUGUGAAUUGGCUAAAAAGGCAUUCGACGAUGCCAUUGCUGAGCUCGACCAGCUAAAUGAAGAGUCCUACAAAGACAGCACUCUUAUCAUGCAGCUCCUCAGAGACAACCUGACAUUAUGGACAUCGGACAAUGCUGCCGAAGAGGGCGAUGCUGGAGAAGGAGGAGAGGGUGGCGAGAAUGAGAGCUAAAAAAUAAAUACAUAACACAAGCCCUCAUUGUUGGGGUCAUCUCCAAAAACAACAAAAGGACAAAAAAAAACUUUUUACACAUCCUUCAUUCCUUAUUGCUCCACUCAAACAUUCUACCAAUGAAACCUAUUGAAAAGAGUUGUGUAAGGAAAAAAAAUCAUGCUUUUCACAAUGUAGAUUUGGACAACAAAUUGGUGAAAAGAGAAACCCUCCAUUCCCUAUUUAAUUUGUGUUUGUCCUGGCCUUCCCAUUUGUGCAGUUUCAGCUGUAGAGAAGUGUUUGAUAGCUUGACAUGAUAUCAGACUCCUAGCUCAAUUUUAGAGGCAGAAAAUGUCGUUGACCAACUGGAAGUCUACAUCCCAUUUAUUGAGAAAGUCUAGAUUCCCCCCCCGAUAAGAAAUGUUGGCUAUAAAAACUAAUUUCCGCCAUAUCUUUAUUUCUUUUUAGUGUCUCUGUCUAGACAGUUAUGUGGUACGGUUACAGCAGCUGAAGUCCAACUUCAAACAGAUUCAAUUUUUCAUACUGCAGGGAAAGCUAGUGCACUUUACAUGCUGGCAACAAAUACUAUAAUACAGCCAAGUAGUGUCUAUUGGUUCAAUCCUCACUUUCUGCCCUGGUUAUGAUAUGCCACUCUUUCACUAAAGCAUGCUUGUUUGGGGGUGGGGCUUGUCUGACCAAAUGCUGGGACCUUUUUUAAUGGGAAGAAGAUAAUUCUGUCAUGCAUGUCUCUGGAGAUAUUACACUGGAAUGGGAGCAAAUGCUGUAACACACACCAACAAGUCCAAAUGUCAAGUUUAGUAAAUUUCAUUGCAGGUUUUUCACAUCCUAAAAGGGGGUGAUUUGUUAGUCUGUCCAGUGAUUGUCAUUAGAGAUUUGGACCACUAUUGUUUUGCUAUUCAUUCAAUUGUAGUCCCCAAAAGCCUUGUGGAACUGUUUGAAUCCCUAUGUAUCAGCUAUGUUAACAUGAAUAAAACAUUUUAUAAACCAA